GAUCCUAGUGGAUCCUGGUGGAUCCUAGUGGAUCCUGGUGGAUCCUAACGGAUCCUAAUGGAUCCUGAUGGAUCCCAGGAUCCACCAGGAUCCGCUUUUUCCCCCUUGGAAUAGAUAUUCAAUUAUUUAAAGUAAUUACAAAACCUUUAACGAAAUUAAUAAUACAAAUUAAUGAAACUAGUAUAACAAAUAAUAAAACACAACAAACAAUUGGUAAAAUUUAUUGUUAUAAUGAAACAAUUAAAUGUAAAUAUUUAUUUCGAUCAAUGAUUGAAAAAUUUGGUGAUAAUAUUGUUGGAAUAAUUUUAUUUAUAGGUUCUCUUAUAAUUCUUACUGGAAUACUUUUAUUUAUGGUUAAAUUGUUAAAAUCAAUAAUUAUUGGUUUUAUUGAUGAUACAUUAAAAGAAAUUCUCCAUAUUCAAUCUCAUGGAUGGAAAGAAUGUUUACUUGGUUAUGUUUUUAUUAUUGUUGGUAUUAUUCUAGCAAUACUUGUUCAAAGUGUUUUUUGUUCGAUAUUAACACCAUUAGUUGGUCUUCAAGUACUUUCACUUGAACGUAAUUAUGAAUUAACAAUUGAUGCUAAUAUUGGUACAAUAAUAACAGCACUUUUUGCUUCUCUUACCCAAACUGGUCUAUUUUUUCGUCAAUCCAUACAAAUAGCAUUAACUCAUUUUUUAUUUAAUCUAUCAAGUUGUAUACUUUGGUAUAUUCUUCCAUAUUUUCGUCGUAUUCCAAUUUAUUUAAGUCGUCAAAUUGGUUAUAUUGUAUCUGAAUAUCGUUGGUUUGCUUUAGUUUAUAUAACAUUAAUAUUUUUUCUUUUUCUAUUAAUUCUUUUAAUUCUUGCUUUAAUACAUUGGAUAGUUGCAAGUAUAUUUCUUCUAAUUAGUUUUAUUAUAAUUAUUAAAUAUUUUCAAAAAACAAAUCCAAAUAAAUUACCAAUUAUAUUACAGUCAUGGUCUUUUCUUCCACGUUCAUUUUCAUAUUCGGGCCAUCAUUUUGAUAUUUUUAUUGAAUAUAUUUGUUGUCAACGAUGUAUUAAUCUAAUUUAUCCAUUGAAUACAAUUGAAAAACCGUUAAAAGAACAAUAUUUACCAAUGAAAACUCAAUAUUUAACAGCACUUGAUCAUCAUUUUUUGAUUCAUACACACCAAUUAAAUCAAUUAUUUGAAAAAUAUCAUGCACUAAUUAUUGCUCUUUAUGAAUCACGAUAUCCAAUUAAAAAUUAUGUACAAGAUUUCUAUCAUAGGUUAACUGGUAAACCAACACAAGGUGAAAAAGCAUUAUUAACUCUUAUACAAACAAAUUUAUUUUCCAAAGAAACCAAAAUUCAUGAAAAUGAUGAAGAAUUAAUCGAUCGAAUUAUUGCUUUUGAUCAAGAGAAAAAAAAGAAAAAAAAUCUGUAA